AUGUCUGUCAUUGGAAAGGCUGCUGUGUUUCUAGAGCUCUUGGAGAGGCAAUGGGAGUCCAUAUUGCCCGAUAUCCAAGCAGUUUUGGACGAUGUAGAGGAGAAGCAGAUCAAUAACAAUGGAGUGAAAAAAUGGUUGGAGGAUCUCCAGGACUUGGCUUACGAUAUUGAUGACAUCUUGGACAAGUUUGCUUAUGAAGAGUUACGUCUCAAGCACCGAAAGACUCAAGCGCAAGCUAGCACUAGCAAGGUCAAAGAGAUCACUGCUAGACUGAAUAGUUUGACUACUCGAAUGAGUAGUUUGGGGUUGAGUGAGAUCUUAUCUCAAGCUCUAACCUCAAAGGGAAAGCAACCCAGGCUGCAACCAACUUCUGUAUUGGAUGGAGUUAUGGAGUAUGUUGGUAGACACAAGGAGAAGACAGAAAUGAUUGCGUUGCUCAAAGGUGAUAACUCCAAUGGAGUUUGGAAAAGAGGGACCAAUAUCAUUGUAACCACUCGUCUUCAAACUGUUUCAUCUAUUAUGGAUCCACUCAAAGCUUUUCAUUUGGAUCAACUAUCGAACGAAGAUUGUUUAUCCAUAUUUACACAACAUGCAUUAAAAGUAAGAAAUUUCGAUGGACAUCUCCGGUUUAAAGAAAUUGGAGAGAAAAUUGUUAGAAGGUGCAAAGGCUUACCUUUGGCUGCAAAAGCCAUUGGAAGCUUGCUACGCAUUGUUAAAUUACAUCGAGAAUGGAUAAACAAUUGA